AUGCUCCGAUUAAUUGCGACCAUCAUCGUUGCCGCCGUCGUUGGCGUUGGCAUUUGGCUGCCAGCAUCGACGUCGGGCGCAACCCCGGCGGCCACGACGACGACGACGGUGGCAGGCGGCAGCGACGGAGGCGGCACGAGCAGCGAAAGCGACACGAUGCCAAUGCAGCCGGACGCGUCCGGUGGACACUUCUGCCAGAAGCAGUGCCCCUGUCUGGGAAAUGCCAUCGAUUGCUCGAAGAAAAACCUCAAGACGCUGUUCCACCUACCGCACUGGGUGGAAAAUCUGGAACUGGCGUCCAAUCGUCUAACCCAUGAUGUGAUCGCAGCGCAAUUGACCGACCUUAGCAAACUGCAAGUGCUAAACCUGAACCACAAUCGAAUGACCCGCUUGCCGGUGCUGAGUGGCUUAAGGAAUCUGAUUAAACUGUACGCAUCGGGCAACGAAAUCGAUACGAUCGACGUGGAGGCGAUAGCCGCUCUGCCGGCCCUGAAGUUCCUCGAUCUGUCCCGGAACGCAAUCCAGGAGCUGCAAUACACGGCGUUUCCGGACCGGAACAGUCUUCAGUAUCUGAAUUUGAACUUUAACAAACUAACGCUCCUGGCGAAAGGUACCUUCGACCGGUUGGCGUCACUGAAGCGACUAGAAAUUAGCAGCAACGCGUUGGAGGAAGUGCAAAGCUUAACCUUUCAAAACUUGAACCAACUGAAGAGCCUGAAGCUGAACAACAAUCGCAUUCCGGCGCUGAUGGAUGGCGUGUUCCACGGGCUAACGACGAUCGGGUUACUCGAGCUGAACAACAACACCAUUCGCAGCAUCCGCAAGGGUGGGCUGUUCAAUUUGACCAGCCUCACCACGCUGGCCCUGGCCCGGAAUGCAAUCGUCGAGAUCGAGCACUCCGGGUGGGAGUUUACGCCCAAGCUGCUCAGCCUAGAUUUGUCCUACAACCAGCUCCGGUCGCUCGAUCGCUACACGUUCGAGGAACUGUCCGCACUGAAAACGCUCUCGCUGCAGGGCAACAGCAUCACCGCGAUUGGUGAGGGCACGUUCAACGAAACGAGAGCCCUGGAAACGUUGUACCUGAACGAAAAUCGCAUCUCGUGGACGAUCGAGGAUAUGCGUGGACCGUUCCUGGGGCUGGGCAAGCUGGAGCGUUUGUAUCUGAAUGCGAACGAAAUCAAGUCCGUCAGCCGGAAUGCGUUCCUGGGGCUGAAGUCCCUCACACUGUUGGAGCUAAGCCAGAACAACAUCUCGUCGAUUCAGAAUAACGCUUUUAAGGAUACCAUUCGCCUGAAGAAUUUAAUUAUGAACUCCACAAAUCUGCUGUGCGACUGCAAUCUGGCCUGGUUCUACCAUUGGAUCAAGGAGCGAAAAGAGGUGUUCCAGAUCGAUGCCGAGUGUAUCUAUCCGAUUUGGUUACGCAAUCGGCUGAUCCGUGAUCUGCAUGCGACCAACUUUUCAUGCUACGAUUCACCAAAACCGCACCUGAUCGAUGAGCCUCAAUCGCAGCUCGGCAUUCGUGGCACCAACGUCGUGCUCGUGUGCAGGGCCACCUCGACGGCGGCCGACCGGAUGACGUUCAAGUGGAAGCAGGAUAAUCUGGAGCUCCCGGAGACGCAGUAUACCGUGGUUCAUGAUGACAACGAAAACGGCACGAUCGGAAGGUCGGUGUUGACCAUUCCGAACAUACAGCAGCCGGGCGCUGGCAAGUAUCAGUGCAUCAUCACCAACUCUUACGGUGUGGUGUACUCCCAGAAGGUUAAAGUGACCGUCGGGACGUACCCAAAGUUUCGCAAAACACCCACCGACGUGAGUGUGCAAGCGGGCAAAGUGGCCCGACUGGACUGUGAUGCGGCCGGCGAUCCCAAGCCGCAGAUUUCGUGGGAGAAAGACGGUGGCAACGAUUUCCCCGCGGCCAAGGAUCGUCGCAUGCGGGUCAUUCCACACGAAAACGCUUUUCUGAUAUUGAACGCGCGGCCGAUUGACACGGGCGUGUACAGCUGUACGGCGGAAAAUCCGGCCGGCGUCAUCCGUGCCAAUGCAUCGGUGGUGGUGUGGGAGACGCCGUUGAUAUUGCCGGGUGGUGGUGAAUCGAGCGGCAUGGACAGUUUGCUCAUUCCGAUCGGCCAGCCUAGCGUGUUGCGAUGCAAAGCAUCGUCGCCAUCGGCAGCUGGGGGAGGAUCCGGAACGGUUCCGAAGCCAGCUAACGUUUUCUGGCUCAAGGAUGGCGAACCGGUAGCACUGAGUGGCGGGCGUCACUUUGUCACGGACGAGGGUUUGUUGCUACUCAUCGUUGACACGGAGCUGGCCGAUGCCGGUCUGUAUGAGUGUUGGUUCGAGAGUGAGUUGGGUAGCGAAACCGGCUCGACGCGAUUGGUGGUGGUUGAAGGACCCGAGGAUAUGCACGGUUCGGUGCUGGGUGACGGCGGUUACGGAGGAGCAAGCGGCGGAAGUUUGGCGGAGGAAAAUGCAACGGGAUCAUUCGAUUGGAUGAAGGAUUCAACGGUGCAGAUAGUGGCGGUAUUGGUGGCCUGCGUGUUACUCGCACUGGUCGUCUGGUUAAUCGGAAUGUACCGCAUGGAGAAGCGACUUCUUCGUGGCGCUGGAGUUUCCGAGGAUGGCGAGUUUGACCUGGCGACCGGCAUGGAGAUUAACCAGCCGAACUUGAUCGUACGCAGCGGUGUCGGAACGUCGACCACUCCAGCCGGAUACUUCGAGUACCUCAUCCCGAUGGUGGCAAACGGUGGUGGCUCUCUGACGACGAACGUUGAUGAAGAAGAUGUUGAGGGGCGAUCACGAAGCAUGGGCCGUGAUCCACGGUUCUACACAAAGGUUGUGGCGAAAACGAACGCACGGUCCACUGAGCUAGAUUCGGACGAUCUGGAUGAUGAUCUAUCGUCGAAGGAUUCGGGCACCGGCGGUGAUUGUGCAUCGGCCACGGGCUCCACGAAUGCGGCCCAUCGAAGCAGCCGGGAAGAUCUAAAGUGUUUGCUUCAUUCGCUGACUCGGAAGCACUCGAGCGAUCUCGAACUCGAACACCAGCGUCAUCUGUCGUCGGACGAUGCGCACGAUCCCGAUUUGGAUCCACGGCUCGAACCACCACCAGCUAUACCGCCAAUCAACGCAACGACGGCUGUGCUAAUGAUGGGUUCAUCGACGAUCGGUCCUACUUCAUCGCGACACCACGCUAACGAUCCGGGUGACGAUCACCACAUGUUACCUCCGGCGGCUCUAGUGGCCGCACGUAUGCCAACUUCACAAACCUUCCCCGCGUUUGUGCCGUCGUCUGCGGGCGGAGACGGUGCCCUCAAGACAACAUCCCUCGAAUCGUCCGCCGAUCCUGUGUUACCGCCGAAGAAAAGCAGCAGCCGCCAUCAACAGCAACAGCACAAACAGCAAAUACAGGUGAACCAACUCUAUCAGUUGUUGCUGGAGAAUCCGCGGUUGGUGGAAAAGCCGGCGAAAUAUCGAACGAAAUCGAUGGAACGAUCGAUCGACGAGUACGGGGCGCCCACGUCGACGGUUAGCAGUGGGUUUGGGACGGGCAGUAGCACCGGGAGCACGUUAACCGGUGCUGAUCGGGCUUACGGCCGGCAUUCGAUGACGAUGGGAGACCUGAACCGGUAG